UUUUCUCUGAUGACAGCCCGUCGCCAUGAAUAUGCCAAUCUUCAUAGUUGCUGGCCUCCUGGUGCACUGUGUGUUCCUGAUCUCUAUUUUCGACAUUUACUUCACUUCUCCUUUGGUUCAUGGCAUGACUCCUCAUCAGACAACGCUGCCACCACCCGCACGGCGCUUAGUACUUUUUGUCGCCGACGGCCUACGUGCAGAUUCCCUCUACGAACUGGAUAACAACGGCACUUCUAUGGCUCCUUACCUAAGGAAUGUCAUAACAUCCAAAGGCAGCUGGGGAGUAUCUCAUACUCGCGUCCCAACAGAAUCUAGACCGGGGCAUGUCGCUCUCAUAGCGGGAUUUUAUGAAGAUGUCAGUGCUGUUGCCAGAGGAUGGAAAGAAAACCCAGUGGAAUUUGAUUCACUUUUCAAUGAAAGUAAAUACACUUGGAGUUGGGGCAGCCCUGAUAUUCUCCCUAUGUUUGCAAAAGGUGCCAGCGGGGAUCACGUUUAUACCCAUUGUUAUAAAGCUGGAAGUGAAGAUUUUGGAGCAGAAGAUGCCACUGUGCUAGACACUUGGGUUUUUGACCACGUUAAGGAUUUUUUCAGCUCUGCUAGAAACAAUGAAACGCUAUUUUCUAAGCUGCACGAGCAGAAAAUUGUUUUCUUCCUGCAUUUAUUAGGGAUUGACACAAACGGGCAUGCUCAUAGACCUCAUUCAAGCGAGUACAAGGGUAACAUCAGGAAGGUUGACGAAGGCGUAAAAGAAAUUGUGUCGCUGGUUGAGGAUUUUUAUGGCAACGACGGCGACACCGUAUUUGUCCUGACCUCGGACCACGGGAUGACGGAUUGGGGAUCUCAUGGGGCUGGUCACCCCUCAGAGACUUUGACACCCUUAGUCGCCUGGGGCGCAGGAAUCCAAUCUCCGCAGCAAGUCUCUUCCCAGCAAUUCGAAGACAGUUUUUUAAAAGAGUGGAAACUGGAGACGUGGAAGCGGCAGGAUGUCAACCAG